GAGAGGCAGAGACAGAGAGAGAGAAAUCUUCCAUCCGCUGGUUCACUCCCCAAAUGACUGCAAUGGCCAGAGCUGCACCAAUCUGAAGCCAGGAGCCAGGAGCUUCUUCCCGGUCCUCCCACGCGGGUGCAGGGGCCCAAGAACUUGGGCCACCUUCUACUGCUUUCCCAGGCCACAGCAGAGAGCUGGAUCAGAAGCGGAGCAGCCGGGACACAAACCAGAGCCCAUAUGGGAUAAGUAUGGGAUUCCAUUACUGCACGCGGCGGCUUUACCUGCAACACCACAUCAUCACCCCAGGAAUUAUUUUUUAAAAGCAGCAGGAAUUUUUAGAAGACAAAUGAAAAAAGGAUUAACCUAUGUCAUAUCCUGAAAUUUUUUUUUUUUUUUUUUGACAGGCAGAGUGGACAGUGAGAGAGAGAGACAGGGAGAAAGGUCUUCCUUUGCCGUUGGUUCACCCUCCAAUGGCUGCCGCGGCUGGCGCGCUAUGGCAGACACACCGCGCUGAUCCGAAGCCAGGAGCCAGGUGCUUCUCCUGGUCUCCCAUGGGGUGCAGGGCCCAAGCACUUGGGCCAUCCUCCACUGCACUCCCUGGCCACAGCAGAGAGCUGGCCUGGAAGAGGGGCAACCGGGACAGAAUCCGGCGCCCCAACCAGGACUAGAACCCGGUGUGCCGGCCCCGCAGGCAGAGGAUUAGCCUAGUGAGCCGCGGCGCCAGCCUAUAUCCUGAAAUAUUUUUGAAAUCAAUACCUAAGAAUAACGCAAGCCUAUGAGGAAAAAGACCCUGCAUCCAAUAAACAUUUGGUAAAUGGUCACUCCUGAAGCACGUGUUGCAGGUCCUAAGCUCCCAGGAGGGGGCGGGGAGGGCAUCAGGGAGGAGACAGCGCCCCCUGGUGUCCGGACAGUCAGGCCCGAGGACGGAAAGGCAGCCUCCGACCGAGCCCAGACCUCACCCUUCACUACCCGCCUGGUUACCAACCCCAAGUGACCGCCCCCGUGCUCGGGGCGAUUCUGAUUGGCUGCUUCUUCUAUGACGUCAUGCGUGCUCACUGGCUGUGCGAACUGUCUAUUCAGGCGCUCCGGGCUACACUGCAGAACCAGGCGGGUUCUUCUCUGGCCGACACACUGGGCUUCGCUGCUGUGCGCUGAGGGAGGCCGCAGGUGGCUUAGGCUUCAGCAGUCAGUGAACGUCCGCACUCCUGAAGCCCUGCGGAGCGCCCGGGACUCCGUGGAAGCCGGAAAUGGCGAGUGUGGGGGCCGUUCCCGGUGGUCAGCGGGAUGUGAAUGUGGCCUACAGCCAGGACCCUGGCCAUUUUGUCCUGCUCCUCACGCUGCGACUUCGGCUCAGACCCAGAGCGCUCUCCGUGCUGCCCCGGGUGCAUAGCCCCACUUCUCAGAUUGUGCGGUAUAAUUUGAGGAACAUUCACAUGUUUCCAAGAACAAAGGAAGUGAAUACAUCUCCUGUGUUGGUAUCAUUUGAAGACCUGACUGUGGACUUCACCUGGGAGGAGUGGCAAAACUUGAACAGUGCUCAGAGAAUCCUGUAUAGGGAUACAAUGCUAGAGAUCUACAACAACCUGCAGUCCUUAGGGCACUGCAUUACCAAACCUCACUUGAUCUGCAAGUUGGAGCAAGGAGCAGAACCAUGGAUAGUGGAAGAAGGCCUAUAUCAGAGGUUCCCAGGUCAGUCUGCACAUAGUGUACAGGGAGGCCUUGACAGAAAGAGUGAAGCAGAUGUUGACUGGGUCUCUUCUCAUUAACUUUUCCAAAUCCCAGCCCAGAAGACAGCUGGUUUCAUGAAUCAGACAUAAGUAUUCUGUAGUAUCCAGGGAAGACUCAGAAGUAUACAUUUCUCUCCCUCUCCUACUCUUGGUAACUAUGCUGUUUGAUUGUUUUGAUAUCCAGUAAUAAUUCUUCACUAACAGAAGUGGAGAUUCUGGGUCCUGAGUUCAAGUCAGACCAUGCUUUUGUUGAAUGGCCCAGUUUUGUUUACUAAUUGAGUUUGAAGUGUGAAUUCUCCCUUCUUUCAAUGUAAUUGAAAAAUAAAAAGAUAAAGGUGUAAGAGAAACAAUAUUCUGUGAAACUAGGAGACAACUUAUCCUACAAUACUUAAAACAAAGGCCUUCAGAAACUCAAAUUAUCAAGGAGGAUUGUGUAUAUAGGCAAUUGAUAGGAGAGAAGCAGGGCUGUUGAUCUCAGAAUGAGCUAGAGUAAACAAUUCUAAAACAAGAUGAGCAGACACUGCAUUACAAAAACAGUACCUUAAUCUGGUAGGGAGCUAAUACUCAGGGAAUGUAUUGGGAUUUUUCUUUAUCUGUUGUGGUUCAGAGAAGCUGAAGAUGUCAUGUUUCCCUGUGAAAAUGGAGAGAGCUGUCAUCAGAGUACAGAUAAAAUCAGAUUUUCACUAGAAAAACCACAAAUGCCAUUCAAACGAGAUGACUGAACAUGAAACAACCAUAGGUCCAUUUUCUCUUCCUAAAUUAUGAUCUUGCUUAGGAUAUAAGCACUUGUCCCUCUCCACUACCUGCAAGUAAAUGAUCCAAUAAACUGGUCUAUCUUCUAGACUGAAAGAUAGCAGGAAAACACAAAAUGCUUUUAAAAAAUUAUUUUAUUGGGAAGGUGAAAUACAAAGAGUGAGAGAGAUAUCUUCUACCCACUGGUUCACUCACCAAAUAGCCACAAUGGCCAAGACUGGGCCAGACUGAAUCCACAAGACAAGAGAUUCAUCAGGUAUUCCUAAGUGGUUGUAGGGG